UCGGAACAUUGAGGAAAUAGUGAUGAUAGUGAUAUAGUGAUCGACAGUGAUACUUACAUGACGUUAAUGGUUACUGAUCAUUGAUUUGAUGGUAGCUGUGGUAGCAGUGCGUGUGACCCGUGUGACCGCGUGUGACGGUAGUUUGACGUUUUUUUUUUCCAGUGUGAAUUGUAGGGAAGUAGUGGCAGUAAAAAAUGUAAUUUGGAUCGGCGUUUUAAGAGCAUGUUUACAACUUCAAAUCCAGUCUUUUCGAAGGCGUAAAUGAAAUGGCCUUUUUUAAAUGGCAUUUUCUCUUGUUAGAAGUAUUAACUAUUUUUGCUAUUGUUACCUUGGAAUCCUUCACUUUAGGUUCUAGCGACUGUUUUAACGGUGGACCAUCACCUACUUACUGCUCGAAUGAUAGUGUAUCGUGCAGUUGUCAGCUUCCAUAUUCAAAUUCCUGCAUGGUGGUGUCAUUCUUACCAUCCGAUUGUGCAAAAUGGACGUUUAAUGUUGGUGGUUUCUCACCUAGCCUUGGGUCAUUGGUGCUAAAGAACUGGCCAUCUGUAGUGUCAAGUUACCAGUACUCUGUCUUCAAUGUAACAUUCACAGAUAUCAAGUGGACAUCUCUACGUUUUAGGUUUGAGCAGCAUGGAUAUUACAGUAAACACUUCUGCAGAGAAUUUCAUGUGUCUUCAGAAUAUAAUAUUCCAGAACUGUUCUAUGAUUGUCGAUGGACAAAAUCAGAAUAUGAGGGGACACCUUUCACUUUUGAAUAUGAAGCUCAAAAUGCACAACAUACUGAAGCAAGAAGAUAUGUAAUGAAGCUCCCAUUUUAUGCAAAUAUAGGACAAGGAACUGAAUUGAAAAAUUGGAUUUCAUUUUUAUAUGUUGAUGUGUCAGAGUUGCCACUUCUCACAGCAAAAUGGCAGCAAGCGCCCUCACAUUUUGGUGUACAGAAGUACAGACUUCAGGUGUUCAGGAGGGGAGAAGACUCAGAAAUUAACUUGGAGGCUUCAGAAGUGGUGCAGGGAAAUAAUGAGGGCCAUGAAUUGAGUUUUAGUUUUGACACUUUUCCUGCUUCUGGCGACUAUCAUUUUGAGGUGUGCAUACUCAGUGAUAAUUGUACUAAUGGUGUGUGCCAAGUAUCCAGGUCCCCAGAUGUGCCUGUACGUGGCUUUAUAACAAGGACAUUAAUAGCUGCUGUUAUAGGAUGUGUGAUUCUUAUACCACUCUUCCUUUUUGUGCUAUGGAUGUGGAAGAGGCAGUUUAAGCCUCUGACUGGAGAUGUUAAAUUACCAGUAGUGUUAAUUAUUUAUAGUCCAUCUCAAGCAUCUCACAUUAAGUCUGUUGUGGCAUUAACAGAAUAUUUAAGAAACCACUGCUUUGUUGAAGCAUUGUUGGAUCAACUGGAUAUUCCAGAUUCUGAAACAAAGGAUCCAUUCAUGUGGUGUAAUGAAGCGUUUUCCAGAGCUGAUUUUGUAAUGGUUGUUUCUUCUCCACCGAAAUGUUGCAGCCAGGAAGGGAUAUUCAGGAAUGUAGAUGUCGUUGCUCUGCGUUUCUUUAAGGAGCAGUUCUCUAAACGUAACUACAGACCAGAGUUCUUUUCUGUCUUGAUGCCAUAUUGUACUGAAAAAGAUAUUCCUGAGGAGGCAAAGAAUCUUCGAAUGUUCAAACUAACCAAAGACUUGGAUAGAAUGCUGUGGUAUAUUCAUAAUGGAGGUAGGUUUCCUACUGUUUUGGAUUCUGCAAGGACUUUGCUUGGACCUAAACUUAGAGGGGGUAAGUCUGAUUUGAACAAUAGCGGUAAUAUUUUCCUGGCAGCUAUGAAGGAAGCGGAGUAUGAUUUAGUCAGAGGUUGUAAUUGCAAGAACCAAAAUGUUAGGGAGAAUGAUGAACAUGAUACUGAGAUUACAAGUUGUUUGACAAAACUUAGAACACCAGGUGAAGAAGGGAACAAGUAUGAAAGAAACUUACAUAAGAAUGCCUCCACAGAAGAUUUAGUGGUGAGUCCUGAACCGCUUAAUGUGGAAUUUCCAUUUUUGUUAGAUGAUUUAGACUUGACAGGUAAUGUAGAGAUGAAUGUGGAGCCCAUGAAGAAGAACAGUGAAGCUGUUCAUUUGGGAUUUGAUCUGAAUAUUAUGAAGUUGUAGAACAGUAAUCAGUCCUGCAUUUUGGUGGACAUUUACAAAUCUUCUUAUAAUCUCUCGACAUUCGUGAUGGAUGUUCUUAGUAAGUAAAUGUUUCCUGCAGAUUAAACCUAGAACUGAAUUGCCUUGAGCACUAUUUAAUACAGUAAUUACCAGAAUCCAUUGUAUUUGAUGGAAGCACUGCUAUCAUGUUACUGUUGAGGCUUCUGAAUCCAAAAUAUGCCCUUUUAUUUCAAGCAUGUAUCCGAAUA